AUGGAAGUUCCUAAAGAACAACUGGGACUGAGAGCUGUGGGGUCACACUGUUCUUUAUCAGAGAUGGACGAUUUCGAUCUGACUCGAGCUCUGGACAAACCGAGGCUAAAGAUCGAGAGGAAGAGAUCGUUUGACGAGAGGUCGAUGAGCGAGCUGUCGACUGGAUACUCAAGGCAUGAUCUUGACAUGGCGCAUUCACCUGGAAGCAGGUCGAUAGUCGACACGCCUCUCUCUUAUGUUCGGAACUCGUUCGAGCCGCAUCCAAUGGUUGCGGAAGCUUGGGAAGCCUUGAGAAGGUCAAUGGUGUUCUUUCGUGGUCAACCUGUUGGUACCAUUGCUGCUUAUGAUCAUGCCUCUGAGGAAGUCUUGAACUACGAUCAGGUGUUUGUACGGGACUUUGUACCGAGUGCAUUGGCGUUUCUGAUGAACGGAGAGCCUGACAUAGUGAAGAACUUCUUGCUCAAGACACUUCAGCUUCAAGGUUGGGAGAAACGCGUCGACCGUUUCAAGCUCGGUGAAGGCGUCAUGCCGGCGAGCUUCAAGGUGCUUCAUGACCCCGUCCGCAAAACCGACACAAUCGUUGCUGAUUUCGGGGAAAGCGCUAUAGGGCGAGUAGCACCGGUGGACUCAGGGUUUUGGUGGAUUAUACUCCUCCGUGCUUACACCAAAUCCACCGGAGAUCUAACUCUCUCCGAGACACCGGAGUGUCAGAAAGGAAUCAGACUUAUCCUCUCGCUCUGUUUAUCCGAAGGAUUCGAUACUUUCCCUACGCUUCUCUGCGCUGAUGGUUGUUCUAUGGUUGAUAGAAGAAUGGGUGUUUAUGGAUAUCCGAUUGAGAUCCAAGCUCUGUUUUUCAUGGCGUUGAGAUGUGCCUUGUCCAUGCUGAAACCUGAUGAGGAAGGUAGAGAGUUCAUAGAGAGGAUUGUGAAGAGACUUCACGCUCUGAGUUUCCAUAUGCGUAAUUACUUCUGGCUUGACUUUCAGCAACUCAACGAUAUCUACAGGUACAAGACGGAGGAGUACUCACACACGGCGGUGAACAAGUUUAACGUGAUGCCUGACUCGAUACCGGACUGGGUUUUCGACUUCAUGCCGCUCCGGGGAGGUUACUUCGUCGGAAAUGUUAGCCCGGCUCGUAUGGACUUCCGGUGGUUUUCUUUGGGGAACUGUGUUGCUAUACUGUCUUCUCUAGCGACUCCGGAUCAGUCGAUGGCGAUUAUGGACCUACUUGAGCACCGUUGGGAGGAGCUUGUUGGUGAGAUGCCGCUCAAGAUUUGUUACCCUUGCAUCGAGAGCCACGAGUGGAGGAUUGUUACCGGUUGUGAUCCUAAGAACACUCGGUGGAGCUACCACAACGGCGGUUCUUGGCCAGUGUUGCUGUGGAUGUUGACGGCGGCGUGCAUCAAGACAGGUCGGCCGCAGAUUGCGAGACGUGCGAUUGAUCUGAUCGAGUCGCGGCUUCACAGAGAUUGCUGGCCGGAGUACUAUGAUGGUAAGCAAGGGAGGUACGUUGGGAAGCAAGCGAGAAAGUUUCAGACUUGGUCAAUCGCAGGGUACUUGGUUGCGAAGAUGAUGCUUGAGGAUCCUUCACAUAUUGGAAUGAUCUCUCUUGAAGAAGACAAGCAGAUGAAACCUGUUAUCAAGAGAUCUGCAUCAUGGACUUGCUGA